UUGUUUCUUAUUUGUUUGUUUGUCUUAGUCACCACUCUCGAGGAGAUGGGACAGACAGUUACCACUCCGCUCAGUUUGACCCUUUCACAUUGGCCACAGGUUCAGGAGUAUGCUCGUAACCGGACUGUCGAUGUGCGCAAGAAGGAAUGGAUCACCUUUUGCUCUUCCGAGUGGCCAGCCUUAAAUGUUGGCAGGCCCCGGGAUGGCACCUUUAACUCUCAAAUUAUCUUCCAGGUAAAAGAGAAAGUGAUGGAUCCUGGGCCCCACGGCCGUCCGGACCAAGUGCCCUACAUAGUCACCUGGGAAGCAUUAGUUCGUAACCCUCCUACCUGGGUGCGCCCCUUUGUGCACCCCGGAGGGUCCCCCUCUCCCUCUUCCCUAACCCCCGCCAAUUCCAAACCAUCCAAAGAGAAAAAAGGAGACCCCAAAGUCCUCCCUCCAGACGACGGUCUCCUGUUGGAUUUACUGACAGAGGAACCUCCACCGUACCAGGCUCCUCCGGCAGGUCAACCGGCAGCAGCUGAGGCCGCGGCAGCAGCUGAGGCCCAACCGGCGCCUCCCACUGACCCGGAGCCCUCACCUAUGUACUGGCCGUUUUCUGCCUCUGAUCUUUAUAACUGGAAAAAUAAUAACCCCUCCUUUUCAGCAGAUCCUGUGAGACUGACUGAUUUAUUGGAGUCGGUUCUUACUACCCACCAGCCCACCUGGGAUGAUUGCCAACAGCUUUUACAGGUCCUCCUCACUUCGGAGGAAAAACAGAGGGUCCUUCUUGAAGCCCGGAAGAAUGUUCCCGGGGCAAAUGGACAACCUACGCAGCUUCCAAAUGAAAUUGAUGCUGCUUUCCCCCUCGACCGCCCAGACUGGGAUUUCACCACUGAGGCAGGUAGGACCCACCUGCGUCUUUAUCGCCAGCUGCUUGUAGCAGGUCUCCGAGGGGCCGGUAAAAGGCCCACCAAUUUGGCCCAGGUAAGACAGAUAGUUCAGAAGGCAGAGGAGUCACCAGCCGCAUUUUAAGAGAGACUUAAGGAGGCUUACAGAAUGUAUACUCCAUAUGACCCUGAGGACCCCGGGCAAGCUACUAGCCUGACCAUGUCCUUCAUUUGGCAGUCGGCGGCUGACAUCAGAAACAAGUUGCAGCUGCUAGAGAAUUUACAGGGUUAUACAUUACCAGAUGUAUUAAAAGAGGCGGAGCGCAUCUUUAACAAGAGAGAAACACAGGAAGAAAGGGAAGAGAGAUGGAGAAAAGAGGACCAAGAAAGGGCAGAACGUCAGAGAAAGGAAAUGGAAGAAAGGGAGAGAGAGAGGGACGAGAAGCGUAAUAGAGAAAUGACCAAACUGCUGGCCACAGUAGUCGCAGAGCAGAGACAGGAUAGGCAGAGAGAGGGACAAAGGGGGCCCCGCCUAGAGAGAGACCAGUGUGCAUAUUGCAAGGAGAAAGGACACUGGGCUAGAGAAUGCCCCAAGAACAAGAAGCAAAGAAGGACAUUUCAAAAGCCCAAACCCCGUUCUCAAACCUCUGACCUCCUGAGCCUCGAAGAUUAGGGAGGUCAGGGCCAGGAGCCCCCUGAGCCCCGGAUAACCAUACCAGUAGGGGGGCGCCCGGUCACCUUCCUGGUCGACACGGGGGCUCAACACUCUGUUCUAAAUCGGUCACCCGGCCCCCUGAGCCGCCGCACUGCCUGGGUACAAGGGGCUACCGGUGGGAAGCAAUAUCGAUGGACCACAGACCGCCAGCUCCACCUAGCGACCGGUAAGGUGAUGCACUCCUUUUUACAUGUUCCUGACUGCCCAUACCCCCUCCUGGGUCGAGACCUCCUAACGAAGUUAAAGGCUCAAGUACAUUUCGAGAAAGCCAACAUAAGAGUCACGGGGCCAGAAGGGGCCCCACUCACGGUACUGACUAUAGCCUUAGAAGAGGAAUAUAGAAUACAUGAGCCCAAGGAUGACUCCUUUAAGGUCGAGGACCGCUGGCUGACUGACUUUCCCUAGUCCUGGGCAGAGACUGGAGGAAUGGGACUAGCCCUCCAGCAGGCUCCCAUCAUAGUCCAUUUAAAGGCAUCUGCUCUCCCGGCCUCAAUUAAACAAUAUCCCAUGUCCCGGGAGGCCCGCGAUGGGAUCAAACCCCACAUUAGGAGGCUACUGGAGCAGGGCAUUCUAACUCCCUGCCGGUCCCCCUGGAACACUCCCUUGUUGCCAGUCAAGAAGCCCGGAACCAAUGACUAUAGGCCGGUCCAGGACCUCCGGGAAGUCAAUAAGCGGGUUGAGGACAUACACCCCACGGUCCCCAAUCCCUAUAACCUCCUGAGUGGACUGCCACCCGACUAUGUUUGGUACUCAGUCCUGGAUUUAAAGGAUGCUUUCUUCUGCCUACGGUUACACAAAGACAGUCAGCCACUGUUUGCCUUUGAAUGGCAGGAUGCAGACCUGGGAAUCUCGGCACAACUUACAUGGACUAGGUUGCCCCAAGGGUUCAAAAGUAGCCCCACCCUCUUUGAUGAGGCCUUACAUCAGGACUUGGCCGGAUUUAGAGUCUACCACCCUGAGGUCAUCCUCUUACAAUAUGUGGAUGACAUCCUGAUAGCCACCAAAACAGAGGAGGAAUGCCUGAGGGGGACAGAAGCUCUCUUAAAGACUUUAGGAGACUUGGGGUAUAGGGCCUCUGCCAAAAAGGCCCAAAUCUGUCGGACCCAGGUCACCUACCUGGGGUACAAAAUCCAGGAUGGAAAACGUUGGCUAACAGAAGCCCGCAAACAGGCCAUACUCAACAUCCCUCCUCCCAAGACCCGAAAAUUGCGGGAAUUCUUGGGAACAGCAGGUUUCUGUAGACUGUGGAUCCCCGGGUUUGCAGAAAUGGCAGCACCCCUGUACCCCCUCACCAAGACGGGGGCUACCUUUGACUGGGGGGAGAGCCAGGAACAAGCCUUCAUGAACAUCAAGAAGGCUCUGCUCUGCUCCCCAGCUCUGGGGUUACCUGACCUGACUAAACCCUUUGACUUAUUCGUGGCUGAGUAAGAGGGUUAUGCGAAGGGGGUCCUAACUCAAAAACUUGGGCCCUGGAGACGACCGGUUGCCUACCUAUCUAAGAGAUUAGACCCCGUAGUGUCAGGAUGGCCCCCAUGUCUCCGCAUGAUCGCCGCCACCACAGUUCUCAUAAAGGACUCUCACAAAUUGACUUUGGGGCAGCCUUUGACCAUAUGCCCCCAUGCUAUGGAGGCGGUCAUCAGACAGCCACCGGGCCGCUGGCUCACCAAUGCCAGGAUGACUCAUUACCAGACUCUGUUGCUGGACAAGGAUAGAAUUCACUUCGGGGCUCCGGUGACCCUGAACCCCGCCUCGCUACUUCCCCUCCCCGGGGAAGCAGAGACUCAUGACUGCUUGCAGGUCCUGGCUGAGGUCCAUGGGACGAGAGCUGACCUCACGGAUCAACCCCUUCCCAACCCUGACCUUGUCUGGUUCACGGACGGAAGCAGCUUUGUACAUCAAGGGGAGCGGAAAGCCGGUGCUGCAGUGACAACUGAGUCAGAAACAAUUUGGGCCGAGGCCCUGCAGCCGGGAACAUCGGCCCAACGAGCAGAACUGAUUGCUUUAACACAGGCCCUGAGACUGGCAGAAGGUAAGAAACUCACUGUCUACACAGACAGCCGCUAUGCUUUUGCCACCGCUCACAUCCAUGGUGAAAUUUAUAGGCGAAGGGGGCUAUUGACCUCAGAGGGCAGAGACAUUAAAAACAAAAAGGAAAUCCUGGCCCUCUUAGAGGCUCUGCACCUCCCAACCGCCCUCAGUAUCAUACAUUGCCCAGGGCAUCAGAAAGGCGACAGCCCCGUUGCCCGGGGAAACCGGAGGGCAGACCUGGCCGCCCGGGAGGCUGCCCUGACCUUGGAAAGCAGCAGUCACCUCCUCCAGGCGGCUGUAGUCCCUGUAACUAAUGAGGCUUCCGAGAAGACCUCCCCGUCAUGGGACUAUGAAAUAAAAGACAUCAAAGCCAUGAAAAGACUGGGGGCGACCCGAGUACAUGAUGGUCUCUGGACCUAUCAAGGAAAAACUGUCCUUCCCAGCCUAAUGACUAGAUAUUUGGUUGAUAGCCUACACAAACUCACUCAUUUGAGCUCCAGAAAAAUGAGAGAACUGUUAGCCCGGGAAGAAAAUACUCGCCACCUGUUGGGGAUAGAAGAAAUAAUAAAACAAGUGACUGAACAAUGUGACGCUUGCGCCCGCGUCAAUGUGACCAGGCUAAAGCUACCCAUGGGGACUCGAGCUCGUGGGCACCGGCCUGGGGUGCAUUGGGAAAUAGAUUUCACAGAAAUCAAACCAGGAAAAUAUGGAUACAAGUACCUCCUGGUUUUUGUUGACACCUUCUCGGGAUGGACUGAAGCCUACCCCACCAAGCACGAGACGGCGAAGGUGGUCACCAAGAAACUUCUUGAAGAAAUCUUCCCCCAUUACGGAAUGCCACAGGUAUUGGGGACAGACAACGGGCCUGCCUUUGUUUCUCAGGUAAGUCAGUCUGUGGCCACUUUGUUGGGGAUUGACUGGAAAUUACAUUGUGCUUACCGACCCCAAAGCUCAGGACAGGUAGAGCGAAUGAAUAGAACCAUUAAGGAGACUAUAACUAAAUUAUCGCUUGCAGCUGGCACUAAAGACUGGGUCCUCUUGCUCCCCCUUGCCCUCUAUUGUGCCCGGAAUACACCGGGCCCCCAUGGCCUCACCCCUUUUGAAAUUCUAUAUGGAACCACCGUUCCCUUUGUUCAGUUCUUUGACCAAGAUAUCUCUGACUAUGCCAAUUCCUCCUCUCUUCAAGCUCACCUACAGGCACUCCAGCUGGUCCAGCAGGAAGUCUGGAAGCCUCUGGCCCAAGCCUACCGAGACCAGAGGAGACAUCCUAUCGUCCCUCACUCCUACCACGUGGGAGACAGCGUUUGGGUCCGGCGCCACCAGGCUAAGAACCUUGAACCCCGCUGGAAGGGACCAUACACGGUCCUGUUGACCACCCCUACUGCUCUCAAUGUGGACGAGAUUGCUGCUUGGAUACAAGCCUCGCACGUAAAAGCUGCCCUCCCUGAGGAUCCGGACUCAGGAUGGAAAGCUCAACGCACUCAAAAUCCUUUGAAAAUA